AUGAAUGAAAACAAUCCUCCUCAGAAGAAACCCUGGGAGUGGUUAAAGCCACAUUCAGACCCACAUUUGGUAGAGGACAGAGGCAGGAAGGGAGCCAGUCAAGAUCCAUCCUCUCUCUCACCUUCGACGAGUGGGUCUAGUGGACGAUCCUCGGGGUCAGUUCACAAGCUCUUUGGCAAGGAUCUCACCGCUCCCACUUCUGAAGCAUAUCACAAGCAGUCUUCCGAUUCAGGGAUUGUAGCUAAGGCCGAACAUCUGGACCCAAAGUUUGUGAACAAAAGAAUCGCCAAUGCUACCAAAGGUGUCGCAGGCAUUGGCCAGGUCCCAACAAUAGUCAAACAUGCUUCUUCCACAGUCAACAACCUACCAUCUGUUUCUGAUACAAUCGAUAUGUUCUCCCCGUUGCUUAGACCCUUGAAGGCAUUCAACUCCAUUGCCAAUGAAAUUGCAAAUGUCCAUCCCUAUGCGAAGGUAGCACUGAGUAUCUUCACUUGCGCGUCCAAGGUCAAUGAAUUUUUGGUCACAGAUGAUUCUCGAUCAGGCAGACCACGAUGUCGCGGUUUCCAGUCUACUCUCAAAGAUAUCUGA